UAGAUUUCGAAGGUUCGUCAACAGUUUUUUCUUCUAAAAAACCUAUUGAAAUUGUGCUUCCAUUAAACAAUAAAAUAUAUUUUUUUUAAAAAUAAUUCGUUAUUACGGUGACUUAUUUUAUUCCGUGAUUUUUUCUGAGUCGAAUUGUACUGUGCUUUGGAGAAUAUGAAUGCAAUUAAAAAGAGAUUACAGGCUUUAAAAAUUGAAAAAGAUCUUGCUAUAGACAGAGCGGAUGUUUGUGACCAACAAGCAAGGGAAGCAAAUAAACGUGAAGAAAUGUUGAAAGAUGAAGUGUGUGUACUUGCUAAAAAAUUGGAGCAAAUGAAGUAUGACUUAAAAUUAAGUCGGGAAAAUUUAAAAAAAUCAAACAUGAGUCUUGAUGAGAAGGAGAAAUUUUUAUUAAUGACACAGUCGGAGCUGGCUAUUCUUAAUAGAAAAAUGCAGCAAAGUUUAGAAAACCUAGAAAAAACUGAAGAACGUCGACUUGCAGCACAGGUAAAACUAUCACAAGCAUCAGAAACUGCUGAUGAUGCAAAGAGGAUCUGUAAAGUUUUGGAAAAUAGACGAAGACUUGAUGAAGAAAGGAUGGACCAGUUAAUGACUCAAUUAAAAGAAGCAAGAUUGAUAGCUGAAGAUGCAGACUCUAAAUCUGAUGAAAUUUCACGGAAAUUAGCAUUUGUUGAAGAUGAACUUGAAGCUGCUGAGGACAGAGUCAAAUCUAGUGAAGCAAAAAUUGCCGAACGAGAGGAUGAACUCUUUAUUGUCGGAAACAUUUUGAAAUCUCUUGAAGUCUCUGAAGGAAAGGCAAAUCAACGAGUUGAAGGAUUUAAAUUACAACUUAAGGAUUUGAAAGUAAAAUUGUAUGAAGUGGAAAGACGUGCUGUUGUUGCUGAAAAAAUGAUGAAAGCUUUGCAGAAAGAUUUAGAUUCACGUGAAGAUAGACUAUUCAAAGAAAAAGAAAAAUGUCGAUACAUUUGUGAUGAUUUGGAUUCAACAUUUGCUGAACUUACUGGCUAUUAGUUAUUGGACUUUUUUAAUUUUAUUCUUUGGUUUUAUUAAUAACAAAAAAAUU